AUGGCGACCAAACACACUUCGCACACGGCUGAUUCGUAUACCAUCGGAUGGAUUGCAGCCUUGCCUAUCGAGCGUGCUGCCGCAACAGCCGUUCUCGAUGAGCGCCACGACAAGCCGAGAGACUUUGUCCAGAAUCCAAAUGACAUGAAUUCUUACACCUGGGGUAGGAUGAACCAGCACAAUAUCGUCAUCGCCUCGCUUCCUGCGGGGGUGCACGGGACAACGUCUGCUGCAAUCACAGCGACAAAACUGCUCUCUUCCCUGCCUCAGAUUAGAAUUGCACUUUUGGUGGGAAUUGGUGGCGGUAUUGCUCGGCCAGGGAGGGGGCGUGAUAUUCGAUUGGGUGAUAUCGUUGUCAGUCAGCCCCAGGGAGCUAAUGGUGGAGUGAUCCAAUAUGAUGUGGGGAAGGCUGGCUGUGGUGGAAAAUGGGAGCGAAAAGGCUCUCUCAGCAAGCCUCCACAGAUACUCCUCAGUGCACUGGCAAAUCUACAAGCGGAACAUGAGUUAGGGGAAUCCCAGAUCCUAAGGUUUCUAGCUGUUAUCGCAGAGAAGACAAGCCGGGCAGUGAGGAAUGUCAACGGCAGCAAAUUCGUUCAUCAAGGUCUUAAUAAUGACCACCUUUUCCCUGCAUCUUACAAUCAUGAAUCUGGUCCUGACUGUCAAUCCUGCGACCUAACCAAAGCGGUCAAACGCGAUGAACGAGGAUAUACAGACCCAGAAAUUCAUUAUGGCACCAUUGCUUCUGGUAACACGCUCGUCAAGGACGCUAUGUAUCGGGACAAGAUCCUCAAAGAUAUCGACGAGGAUUGUUUAUGUCUUGAGAUGGAGGCCGCAGGGUUGAUGGAUCAUUUCCCUUGCCUUGUGAUCAGGGGUAUUUCAGACUAUGCAGACUCUCAUAAAAAUGACCAGUGGCAGCGAUACGCCUCUGCCACCGCAGCGGCAUAUGGAAGAGAACUUCUGGAUUAUGUCCCCACACAAGAGCUUCAGGAGACAGAGACAGCGCUCAGAGUUCUCGAAUCGAGAGUUGAUGAAUUGAAAUCAGAGAGUCACGCCGAUGAGAUCAGAAAGUGGCUGUUGCCUCCUGACCCGUCAACGAACUUGAAUGAUGUCCUGAAUAAAAAGCACAUUGGCACUGGGUCUUGGUUUUUGGAAAGCGAGCCAUUUCAGAAGUGGAAAGGCAGCGACUAUAAUAGUCUCUGGCUACAUGGCAUUCCGGGCGUGGGGAAAACAGUUCUCAGUGCUUCGAUCAUCGCAGCAUUGAGCCAGGAGCCCGAUCAAUCUGAAAACAUUCCUCUCCUGUACUUCCUUUUCGAUUUCAGUGACAAUAAAAAACAAUCGCUCAGCGGGCUUGUUCGCUCGUUUGUGACACAGCGCGAGGAUGAGGCACUCUGUGCUACGUUUCAGCAAAUGCUAGACACUGUGAAAGCUACGCGCAUAAUCAUAGACGCAUUGGAUGAAUGCACAACAAGGACCGAUCUUCUUCAAUGGAUAGAAGCUCUCAUUCACUCAGAAGGCACGGUGCCUCAACUCCUUGUUACAAGUCGCAAAGAAGUGGACAUUGAGUCUAGUUUCGAACGGCUGCUGCCUAACAACAGUAUUUAUCCUAUUAUACAGGGCCCUGUGGACGACGAUAUUCUUGCAUAUGUUCAUGAGCGGCUGCUAACUGACCGUGGAUUUGAGAGAUGGCAGACAGAUGCGUCAGUGCAAAAUGAAAUCGAGUCUGAACUUAUGAAAAGGGCAGGAGGGAUGUGGGUUGUAUGCCAACUUGAUAUUCUGCAAAAGUGCUUGGAUCUCAAAAUGCUUCGACGGUCACUACGGUCUCUCCCGAAGACUUUAUCAGAAGCAUAUGGCCAAAUUCUGGCCAACAUCGAUGAAGGCUACAGGGAUUAUGCCAUACGACUUUUGCAGUUUUUGACUUACUCAGAGCGUCCCUUGGACCUUGAGGAAGCGGUGGAAAUUAUGGCAAUAUAUCCCGCCGCACAGCCUCCUUUUGAUGUUAAGCGAAGAAUGCCAGCGCCUCGCGAUAUUAUGAGAAUAUUCCCAAGUCUCGUUUCUCUCGUGAUGGAUCGUAACGGCAUGAAUGUCCAUCUAUCUCACUUCUCUGUUCAACAGUAUCUGAAAUCCAACCUGAUCAAUGCAAGUUUCCCAGAACACAUGGCUGAUGUCGGAAUGCUGUUCCAAUCAAGCCUGAAUCGCGGGGCCGACGUGAAUGCCCUGGGCGGAGAAUACGGAUAUCCACUUGUAGUCGCGUCCUCUGAAGGUCGAAGAGAUAUGGUAGCGUUGCUUUUAGACAACGGUGCUCGUAUUGACGUUUGUGUAAAGGACCAUGGCACAUUUGAUCACGGUACGCCACUGCACGUUGCAUGUUUCGAUGGUCACAAGGAGGUCGUGCAGCUUCUGCUAGCCAAAGGCGCCAAUGUCAACGCACCAAACAGUCGAUGUGGAACGCCACUCAUGGAUGCUUCGGUCAAUGGUCAUCUAGAAGUUGUCAACCAACUGCUAGAGUGA